AUGGCCUUCAACCAAGUUACUGCGACAUCCCUGACCCCUUCACGGCCUGCCCCGGCAGCACCCAUGCAGCGCGGACCUGUCGCCCACGCCUUGUCCUCUUCCGGUUACGUGUCUUCCUUCUCCGUUGGCACAUCCUCACCCUCAGGCUCGUCAUAUGCUUCCUCCUACUCCGGCAUCGGUGGAUCGCCAAAUCGGGGCUCAGACAUGUCUUCAAACUCUCGUGUUGUACGAAGUGGGGCCGUUGCUGUGAAGGAGGAUGGCCUGGUCAGUUGGUUGUGGAGGCCGAAAUGGCUGGUGUUGAAGGAGCAGACGCUCUCGAUACACAAGAGCGAGGUGAGC